UUCCCGGCCGGCGGGCCCGAGCGCAGCGCGGCGGCGGCAUGGCGGUGUCCUGCGGGAGCUGGCUGGCCAACGAAGGCGCGAAGCACCUCUGCCUGCUCGUUUGGCUCUGCUUGAACGUCCUACUGUUUUGGAAAACCUUCCUGCUGUACAACCAAGGUCCAGAGUACCACUACCUCCACCAGAUGUUGGGCCUAGGAUUGUGUCUGAGCAGAGCCUCUGCAGCUGUUCUUAACCUCAACUGCAGCCUUAUCCUUUUACCCAUGUGCCGAACACUCCUGGCUUUUCUUCGGGGAUCUCAGAAGGUUCCCAGCAGGAGAACAAGAAGAUUGUUGGAUAAAAGCAGAGCAUUCCAUAUAACCUGUGGUGUUACUAUCUGCAUUUUCUCAGGCGUGCACGUGGCUGCCCAUCUGGUGAACGCGCUCAACUUCUCAGUGAACUACAGCGAAGACUUUGUUGAACUGAAUGUGGCAAGACACCGACAUGAGGAUCCUAGAAAACUUCUCUUCACAACAGUGCCCGGGCUGACGGGAGUCUGCAUGGUCGUGGUGCUCUUCCUAAUGACUACAGCCUCGACGUAUGCGAUAAGAGUCUCCAAUUAUGAUAUCUUCUGGUAUACUCAUAACCUCUUCUUUGUCUUCUACAUGCUGCUGAUGUUGCACGUCUCAGGAGGGCUGCUGAAGUACCAAACCAACUUAGACACUCACCCUCCCGGCUGCGUCUUUCUUAACCAAACCCACUCUCAGGAAGUUUCCUUACCAGAGCUUCUCUCAGAGCAUUUUCAUGAACCUUUACCUGGAGGAUUUUCAAACCCAGAAGAGUUUAACCAAAAAACAUUCGUGAAGAUUUGUGUGGAAGAACCCAGGUUUCAAGCUAAUUUUCCACAGACUUGGCUUUGGAUUUCUGGGCCCUUGUGCCUGUACUGUGCCGAAAGGCUUUACAGGUGCAUCCGAAGCAACAAGCCAGUCACCAUCAUCGCGGUCAUCAGUCACCCAUCCGAUGUCAUGGAAAUCCGAAUGGUCAAAGAGAAUUUUCAAGCCAGACCUGGCCAGUAUAUUAUUCUACAUUGUCCCAGUGUGUCUGCAUUGGAAAGCCAUCCUUUUACUCUCACAAUGUGCCCUUCUGCAACCAAAGCAACAUUUGGGGUCCAUCUUAAAAUAGUAGGAGACUGGACAGAACGGUUCCGAGAUUUGUUACUGCCUCCAUCUAGUCAAGAUUCUGAGAUUCUGCCCUUUAUUCAGUCUAUAAAUUAUCCCAAGCUGUACAUCGAUGGUCCAUUUGGAAGCCCAUUUGAGGAGUCCCUCAGCUACGAGACCAGCCUCUGCGUGGCUGGAGGUAUUGGGGUCACUCCGUUUGCAUCAGUACUCAACACCUUGCUAGAUGACUGGAAACCAUACAAGCUUAGAAGACUGUACUUUAUUUGGGUGUGUAGGGACAUCCACUCCUUCUGCUGGUUUGCAGACUUACUCUGCACGUUGUAUAAUAAGUUUUGGCAAGAGAAUAGACCUGACUAUGUCAAUAUCCAGCUGUACCUGAGUCAAACAGAUGGGAUCCAGAGGAUAAUUGGAGAAAAAUAUCAAGCAUUAAAUUCAAGACUGUUUAUUGGACGUCCUCGGUGGAGACUUCUGUUUGACGAAAUAGCAAAAUGUAACAGAGGGAAAACGGUUGGUGUUUUCUGUUGUGGACCAAAUUCAGUUUCCAGGACUCUUCACAAACUGAGUAACCAGAACAACUCAUGUGGGACAAAAUUUGAAUACAAUAAAGAAUCUUUCAGCUGAAAACCUCUGAGUUGAACCAAGACCUUAAACAAAGAAUGAAUACAGUUUCUAAGAUUUGGGGCUCAGCUGAAUCAAAGAGUUGUUUUUUGUCAAAGAAUAGAAAGGUUUUCUUAUUUAUGAUUAUUUAAAAUGAAAAUGCAGAGCAUGUGGUAAGAUGACAGGUCACACUACAUGCUUAAUUUAGAAACCAAAGAGUCCCUGAAGAGUAUUUGAUGAUCAAAUUAAAAGAUCACAAUUAGAUACACACUGUUGAUUUUUAUUGCAGAUUCAACACUCCCUGGUGAGGACCUGCACUAGCCUUCUCUGCAGGUAGUCGCUGUGGUUCUCUUGAAAUUGUUCUUCACUGACCAAAUACAAGGUUGAACAAAAUCAAAACUUUGUUGAAUCUCAGAUUACAUUUUCAUCAUUGUGUAUAAGUACAGUAGCUUUAAUUUUGGGUUGUUCCAGGCAGAUACAUUCAGUGUGUGACAGCGCAACAGCCAACUGCGUACUGAUACGGGUACUUGGUGUUGCUAUCUAACCUUCUCACUGCUGAUGCUGAUACCGCUGCUCAAGAUCUGUACCCUCCAUGCUGGUUGACUCUUUUGUAGAUGUGGACAUAGUACGCUCGUUUACAGCUUUCCUUCCUCUGUUUAGGGAGUUCUGCCCUCCCUUAGCAUGACUUAGACACAAUGAUUUAAUAAGUCUGUUCCAUCCCAGUUUAUAUAACCUGUUAUAGCACAGUAAUGAACCUAUCAUUGCUAUAAAUUAUAAAGUUAUGUAUAUAUCAUUUAUAGAUAAGUAAUUGUGUGUGUGUAUAUAUAUAUAUGUUAAUGACUUAUGUCCUUGUUUUUAGCAUAUUUGCUUUAUUUUUUCACAUUUUCUCCCAAGGUGCAAUUUGUCUUAGUUUUGAAGCACUUGAAGUGUUUCUUACAAUUUGCACUUUUAGACCAAAGAGCAACAUAUCUGACACCAGGCACUGAGGUGUAAGCUCUCUGCUCGGCCACACAUGGAUGUCUAAUGGAGAUACUGAAAACAGUCGCAUUCCUGAACAGGCACCUGCUACUUUAUUUUCAGAAGCAGCAGAAAUACUUCAGUGAUUUUUCAAGUUUAUCUUAGAACAGUUAUAUUUUUGAAGCACUAUUUGGAUACCUUGUAAAUGUUUGGUUUAUUGUUACCAUUAGGAGUAUGCUCUGUGAUUCUAUGAGGUUAUGACCCUUGACCAUUAUGCUCUUUGCCCAAAGGGAGAAAUAAAACCCCCACCUUUCUACCUUAAAAAUUGAGACAUUUAUUUAGUUUAUUGAUUGUGUUUAGUAUACACCUGUGAAUUACUAUUGAAUAUAACUUACUGUUGAAAUCAGCAGUGCAAUUUGCCCUACAUUUGUUACAAUUUUGUGUACAGUGUAACCUGACAAAUGCUACUGCCGUUCUGUGACUCCACAAGAGCAAUCCAGAGGGCUAAACCAUCCAGCUUUGAGGGACCGUGCCGUAUUUACUCGUCAGUAUUUUUUCUUUUCCUUGGAGUUCUUUCUUCUCCCCUCUGUGGAAAGAGUCAGAAAAAAAAAAGGGACAUGUACAAUGCUCCUGCAGAUUUAGCUCUGAAGACAUUUAAUGGCCAGUGCAUCUUGGUUAUACAAGAUUAAAAAAGAAUUUUGGAAAGCAUAGCAGAAAUAACUAGAGAAAAGAAAGUUAAACUGUGCUAAAAUACUGACGCUUUGGUGGUAAGUUGUUCAUGUAGUUAUAUUAAAGCAUCUACGCUCAAUCAGACAAGUUUUUCGAAAGACAGCUGGUAUUUCAGAGCAGGUCUGCUAUGCUCAAUGAACGUCCUUUCCAAUUCUAAAUUCCAGGAGAUGUUCAAAUGUUAAGUGUUAAACUUAGUUAAUUUUUGUUACUAUGGAUGGGAAUGAAAUUAAAUCGUCACACACUAUUAGAGAACUUUGCACUGUUCUAAGGGAUUUCAUGGGGAAAAUUCUUGUCUUAAAAGUCUUAAGUGAUUGAUUUUAGUCACAAUAAAUAUUAAAAUUAAAA